AUGGGUCUCCUCGGCGACUGGGACGGCGAGUCCGUCAUCUCAAACUCGACCCGCCGCUCGCGCUCCCACCACCACAAGACCUCCAAAUCGCGAGACUCGUCGCGCUCUCACAAGAGCAGCAAGAGCAAGCGACACUCAGGACUCGCUGGCUUCUUCGGCGUCGACGGCGGCCACCACAGCAGCAGCCAUGGCGACCGCGGCAUCGGUGGCAGCCACUACAGCAAGAACAACAGCUCUCGGGGUUCGUUCUUCGGCCUGGGCAACGGCAGCACCCGGAGUUUCUUCAGCCUAGGCCGUUCCAACUCCUACUACAAGCGGCAGCCGCGCUCCUCCUUCCUGCAGCGCACCCUCAAGAAGCUCAAGCGUCUCUUGCGCGACCUCAUGUACUAUGCCAAGCGCCACCCGAUCAAGGUCUUCAUGCUCGUGAUCAUGCCCCUCAUCACCGGCGGCGCCCUCACCGCGCUCCUAGCCCGCUUCGGCCUACGGCUACCGCCUAGCAUCGAGCGGAUGCUCGGCAUGGCCGCGCGUGCGGGAGGCGGCUCUAGCGUCGGCUUGGUCGGCGAAGCGGUGCGUAUGGCUGGUGGUUUAGGCCGCUCGGACAGUGUGUCCGUCGGCCGCGGCCACCAUGGCGAGUACCAGUGGGAGCGACGGCACGAGUCCUACGAUGAAGGACGGCGUGGCGGCAGUGGCGGGGGUUUCUUCGACGGGAUACGGGAUUUCUUCUCUUGA